AUGGCCAGUGAACCUGUGAUCCUCAACGUGUAUGACAUGUACUGGAUAAACGAAUACACCUCCACGCUGGGGAUCGGAGUCUUCCAUUCAGGGAUUGAGAUCUACGGGAGAGAGUUUGCUUAUGGAGGACACCCCUACCCCUUCAGCGGGAUCUUCGAGAUCACUCCAGGGAACGCCACUGAGCUCGGAGAGACCUUCAAAUUCAAAGAGGCGAUCGCGCUCGGGACCACAGACUUCGCUGAGGAGGAUGUGGAUAAGAUCAUGGAGGAGCUUGGGAAGGAGUUCAAAGGCGACGCCUACCAUCUGAUGCACAAGAACUGCAACCACUUCUCCUCGGCCCUGUCUGAGCUCCUGUGUGGGAGGGAGAACCCUCGCUGGGUCAACCGGCUGGCCUACUUCAGCUCCUGCAUCCCCUUCCUCCAGAGCUGCCUGCCCAAGGAGUGGCUCACCCCGGCUGCCCUGCAGAGCCACAUCAGCCUAGGCCUGCACAAACAGGAUGCAAGCGAGUCCAGCGACGAUGACACCCCCUCCGCAGCAGGGGGCGCUGCAGGACCCAGAUCCUCACACAGCUGCAAGCACACGCAGGUCUGAGCCUCUGCCACCAGCAGCAAUCACGCACAGCAGCCAGCCAGCAGGGCGGUGCCACUGGGGUCUGCAGUACGGUGUGCCUGUGUGUGUGAGGACUGUACUGAUGAAAAGGAUUGACAAGCCCACGUAUGAUAUGAACCCUGAUCUCCUGGCUCCUGGGCCCUUGGCCAACAACAGGUUAACAACCUUGAAGGAGCAAUACCUCAGUAGGGAGACACAUUCUGCAGAAAUCAAUGAAUGGAACUACUGGUUCUUUACAAAGCCAUUCCCACCAUGUCCUGGGAGCUGCGGUGUGGUGUAGUGUUCGCUGAAUCUAACAUAUGCUCCUUUACUUAGAGGCAUUAUUGUAGUUUAAUGGGAACUGGGGACUGUCUGAAUUAAAUUAAGUGUUCAAUAGCCAUCAGGUACAAGGAAGUUAGUGCGUUUCAAGUCUUACGCAUUGCACAUCUUCAUAAAUAGGGGUUCAACUUUUUUUUCUUCCAUAUUUCUACCCCUGAAUGGAAUUUUUCUACAAAAAUGAAAUUAAUGGUAUUGUUGCAAUUAUUAAUCAAGUUAUUUUAAAUCUUGUCAUGGAUCCUUUUUCUAAUAGAAAAGGAAAGUGAUUUUCUAAUCAGUAUUAAAUGGAAGUAUAAUUGCAAUUUGAAGUGCUCACCCGGUUUCCUUCUUGUGUAUUUUUAUGUGUGAAA